CUACCUGGUGGCCUGUGUCGGGUCAAUGCCAGGCUUCUCACCGCACAGCUACAGUGGCCGGCCACAAGCCGCGCACGUCUGGCGUCGCCCAGAUGGCCAGGCUCCUGGGCCUGCCCAGCCCCCACUGCAGCGACGGCGGAAGCGGCGGUGGCGACGACAACAACGGCGGCAACAGCGGCGGCAGCAGCGACAGCAGCGGCGGCGUCGGCGGGGGCAGAAACGGAGGUGGCGGCGCCAGGGGGGCAGGAGGUGGAAGGGCAAGAGGCCGUUGGCUGUGGCAGCAGGCACGGCUAGAGGAGCAGCCGGCGCUCAAGCGCUGUCAGGCGGGGAUACCCAGCGCGCGGGUGGCGUCGGCAGCUGACCAUGAGCUGCGAAUACGCUACCUCUACUCUGGAGGUCGCGUGGACGCGGCGGCGGCUGCCGGGUCUGCGCCUGCGCCGGUGCAACAGUACGGGCUGUGGCCCCUGCGCCGUUUCUAUCGGCAGUGGGGCCAGCGGCUGUGGCGCCUGACUGUCCAUGCGCGGACGCAGAAGGUGCUGGAGCACACGGCGCGGCCCAAGGAGGAGGUCAUUAUUGGCUGGGGCAACGCCACCACUGGUCAUGGCGGUUGCAUCAGCAGGUUGGGGCGGGGCCCAAACCGGGCACUGCUCCGCCUGCUGGUGGACAAGUACGCGCACCUGGUGGUGUACUUGGAUGAGUUCUACACAUCACGUGACAUCGGACGUGACGUCAACUCCGCAACCAACAUCCUGCACGCGCUGGUAGAGAUGCUGCUGGGGCACAAGCGACCUUCAUCGCUGCAGACUGGCGGCGGCGGCGGCAGACUGGUGGCGGCGGCGGCGGCAGCGGCAGCGGCAGCGGCAGCGGCAGCGGCAGCGGCAGCGGCAGCGGCAGCAGCAGCGGCAGCGGCAGCGGCAGCGGCGGCGGCGGCGGCGGCGGCGGCAGCGCAGCGGCAGCGGCGGUGGCGGCGGCGGCAGCAGCGGGGGCGCGUGCGCGCAUCUUGUAGCGGAGGGGGCGGGAAAGGCCACGUGGAGGAGGAGAGCGCAGCGCCGCCCAAGAAGCGGCGCAAGCGCGCAGGCUGAGGAGCCGCUGGUGUCUAGGUAGCGGUCCGCGGUGGGGCUGGCAGGGCAUGCGUGCGUGGCGGCAUGACAAGUAGUGCGGCUGUUGACAACUGUGCUGUGUCUGGCUGCGGUUGGCUCUGCUGUGGCAUCGCGAUUGCUAGGCACCUGGGUUGGCUAUGUGCCUGUGGAAACCGACCCCGGCUAUGUCCGGGCGAUGAGGUUUUUCGGCCUCAGACUGUGGAGGGGCUGAGCCCCUUUUCCCGUGACCGGGGAACACUUGUCCGUCAUGGAAACGCCAGUGUAGUUCUUGGGAAGCGACCCGCAAGGUA